AUGAUAUAACAAUAAUAAUCACCUUAUUGGUCUAAAAUAUUGGAGAAUUAAUUAUAGGAGAAACAACAAUAUGAUAAUUAAUUCAAAUAUGAUCAAGAAUUAAGGAAGCAGAGAUACAAAUAAGAAUUAUAAACUGAUAUGAUGCUUCAUUAAUAGAAGAAAUAAGUUUAACAAAAUUAAAAUCAAUAACUGGAAUCCAUAAUGUUAGAGACUUUGAGAUAGAGAGAAUCUAAAAAGUUAAAGGAAAUGGAAGAAAGAAAAAUUAAGUAAAUUUAAACCAGUUUAGACAACCUCAAUAAUUUAAUGAUUAAAAAGAAAAUGAAUAUGGAGAGAUCUUAUAACAAUUAAUUAAUGGAUAAAGAAUUCAUUAGAUAAGAAUAAAUUAAAGAAUUGAAAAGUGUUGAGGAAAGGAAAUUUAAAAAAGAAGAAGAAGCUAAAUUAUUGAAAUUAACUUAUGAUGAUAUGAUCAAUAAUAAAAGAAUAUUAAGAUAAGAGUAAUAGUAAAAAACAUUAUAAUCUAUUCCAACUUUAACAUUAGAAUAAAAUAGAGCAAAAAUAGAUACAAAGAAGUAUCAAGAAGAAUUACAAAAACAACUUUAAUAAAAAUAACUUUAAUUGGAAGAGUUGAGAAUUAAAAAAAUAGAAGAAAGAUAACGAGUAGAGUAGAAAAUAGAAUUUGAAAAAUAAAAAAUGGUAGAAAAUAAACUUAAAAAUUAUUAAGCAUAUAAACAAUAUGAGACUGAAAAUUAUGAAUUAUUGUAAGAUAAAAAAAACUAAUAGUAAUACUAAAACGAUCCUCAAGAAUUAAAACUAUUAUAAAGUUCAUCUUAAAAUAAAUUACCACGAAUUUAUUAAGACAAUUAUUAACCUUAAGAAAGAAAAAAAUAAUUGGAAUUGCUUGAUAGGGAUUUACUAAAGUAUCAAUUAUUAUAGUAAUAAUAAAAAAUAAUUGAGAAUAAUCACAAUGCCAUUAAUUCAAUUUAAUUAAAUUAAAAAGAUGGAACAAAAUCUGAAACUUCAAAAAUCACUAAAUAAUCAAAAAAAACUAUCAAUUCUUUAGAUUAAUAAGUUCCAAAUCAAUUAUAAUAGCAAGUUUUUGUACCUACUCCAUCUUAGAAAUAUAGGAAUUCUAAAAGAAUUUCUGAAAAUCCAAUUGGUUAUAUGAAUUAAAAAUAUGUUCCAAAAAAACGAAGUUUUAAUAUAGUGACAGGAAUUAUAACUUAAAAUUGA